AUGAAGAUCAUGAGGAGAGAUAAUGAGAGCACUGUGUCUGAUUUCAUCCUCCUGGGACUCCCCAUCCAGCCAGAGGACCAAGACAUGUACUCUGCCCUGUUCCUGACCAUGUACCUGACCACAGUGCUGGGGAACCUGCUCAUCAUCCUGCUCAUCAGGCUGGACUCUCACCUCCACACCCCCAUGUACUUCUUCCUCAUCCACUUGGCCUUCACAGACAUCUCUUUCUCGUCAGUCACAGCUCCAAAGAUGCUCGUGAAUAUGCUGACACACAGUCAGUCCAUCUCAUAUGCUGCAUGCAUUUCCCAGAUGUAUUUUUUCCUAUCCCUUGCAAAUGUUGACAGCUUCCUUCUGACCUCCAUGGCCUAUGACAGGUAUGUGGCCAUCUGCCACCCUCUGCACUACACCACCAUCAUGAAUCAGAGCCUCUGUGUUUUGCUAGUAGUUAUGUCCUGGGCUUUGUCCUUUGCCAAUUCCCUUGUUCACACCCUCCUCUUGGCUCAUUUAUCUCAUUUCAGAGAUAAUAUCAUCCCCCACUACUUCUGUGAUCUCUCUGCCUUACUUAAACUGUCCAGCUCAGACACCACCAUCAAUGAGCUGGUCAUCCUUCUUUUAGGUACACUGGCCAUUACUCUACCAUUCAUAUGCAUCCUGGUCUCUUACGGCUGCAUUGGAGCCACCAUCCUGAGAACUCCUUUAGUCAAGGGAAUCUAUAAAGCCUUGUCCACGUGUGGUUCUAACCUCUCUGUGGUUUGUCUGUACUAUGGAGCCAUUAUUGGGCUAUACCUGGUCCCUUCAUCUAAUAAAACUAAUGACAAGGAUGCCAUUGUGGCUGUGAUGUACAAUGUAGUUACACCCAUGUUGAAUCCCUUUAUCUACAGUCUGAGGAAUCAUGACAUGAAAGGAGCCAUGAGAAAUAUCCUUAUCAGUAGAGUGUGUCCACAGGGAUGUGGUCUUGUCUGGUAG